AUGACAGAUUUUUUUCAGGCUUUUUUCCGCCCUGGUGGGGUCCGGGUCCUUCUUGUUGUGACAUUGAUUGUGACCAUAGCAAAGGGGCAGCUGUUUACCAACCAUCGAGGACCAUGGAACAUAGUCUUCAAACUUCCACACAACGCCAAGCCCAGCGGAUACAGCAGCAUCAUUGCUCUCUGGAAGGCUUCCGGUCACAUGAACGGCGAGGACGUGGACGCGAUGACAGAUUUUAGUACAUCUUCUAAGAUCUACAAGUCCAAAUGGUUAGAUGACUGGGAAAAGAGAAGCUUCUCGGCGGUUCGACUGUCGGCCUAUAAGAACAGCAAAGAGGUCGCUUUCAUUACCUUUAACAGCAUGGGCAAGGGAAAAAAUGAGUGGCUGGACUGCAGUAACAUCAUAGACUCGUCAUACACUGACGUCACAAGCCAAUCCAAAAACUACUGCUUAAUGGAAUACGCUGAUAACCAAAAGAGGAACUUUUUCGUCAGUCAUUCCUAUGGCGGCUGUCCAAGUGACAACGGUUGGUUCAUGAUGAAAGAUUACGAUGCUCUCAGUGGCUGUACAGAAUGGGAUCAAGUCACGGGGAAACCUUACUUCCUCUAUUCUGGGGAUACGACCAUGGUGAACUGGGCUUCCGGUAACAAACAGACAGCGGACUGCCUAGUGGUAUCGGUUAUGGCCUGGGACAUGGUGUUCAAAGCUGUUCAGGGCGUGGUCCCUCCCCAGGGAGGAAUCCGGCAGUUGUGGAAGUCCAGCGAUACCCUGAAUAGUGACAACCCGAGUGCCCAGACGUUAACACGCUCGCCCGGACUCGUCUACAAGUCAGCUAAUGUGGAAAAGUGGCAGAGUAUCCCGGGAUUCUUUAUUGAGAGUGUGAAGUACGCGUUCUUUACGAACGGUAAAGAAGUAGCCUAUAUUAUUUUUGAUGGCCGUGAUACGGAUAAAAACGGUUGGUACAACGACAACCGUAUCCUGUAUUCAAGAUGGACGGACAUUAUUGGUUACACCAAAGUAGGAUCCUCCAUUGAUGGGGAUAACACAAGACGUUUCUGUGUGUGGAAAGAGCAUGGAGGGUGUCCGAAUGACAAAGCAUGGAUGGCCAUUCUGGACUCCUCAGACAGCGGUCAACCUUGUUCAUGGGACAAGAACGUCCAAAGCAGACCUUAUUUCUUGUACAGCAAAAAAUCAACAUGGGCUCUUUGUGAAAGCGGUGGAAGUUGGAACAGUGCUGAAUUUCCCACAGCAGAGACAGCUGCCAUUUUCAUAAAAGGUUGGAGAAUGGUUAUGAAGGUGGCGCAUCAGCAGUCCCUCUCUCCGUCUAGCACUGUUUAUGGCCUGUGGACAGGUACCUACACUGUUAAUGAAUUUGACGCGAACGCGCUGACCAUUGGCGCAGGAACAAAGACUUACAAGUCCAGUGUGGUUGACAAUUGGUCCAACUACCACAUUUCCGCCGUCCGAGUCAGCUUCUACAAAAAUGGCAAAGAGACUGCCUACACAGUGUUUGACGCUCAUGGUGUUAAGGACAAGAACAGCUGGUUCGAUUGUACCAGGAUUCUCUACACCGCAUACGAUGAUCUUAACAGAUUAAAGGCAGUCUCUUACUGCGGUAUUCCUGGAGAUGGAAGUCUCAACAGACGAUUCUUUAUCCAAAAUAACUAUGGCGGGUGUAAUAACGAUGCUGGUUGGUUCCUUGUUGUGGAGGGUAAUGCGUGCACAUGGGAACAACGGACAACUCGUCCAUAUUUCAUUUACAGCGGGAAAAGUGGACGAGAUCUUCAAAAUGAUUUCGUCAUUGCUGACGUCUUUUUGAUAUCUGUUGUCAUGGACAACUGUUUUCCAAAUCCCUGUAAAAAUGGAGGCACGUGUUAUGAGGAGGGUAUGGAUUACACGUGCACAUGCAGUGGAAACUGGUUUGGACAGCGUUGUACCGACUUGAAUGGUGUGUGGGCCAACUGGGGAAGCUGGGGAUCAUGCUCUCAGACUUGCGGUCCAGGAACCCAGACACGAAGCCGCACCUGCACAAAUCCUGCCCCUCAGGGAAGUGGCUCCUCUUGUGCGGGGUCAUCCACAUCUUCCCAAUCCUGCCAAGACAUGGUUUGCAUUCCCGAUAUUGACGGUCAGUGGGGACAAUGGAGUUCUUACAGCGCAUGCCCGGUAACUUGUGGUAACGGUGACAGAGUACGCACUCGUAACUGUGACAGUCCAGCUCAGUCCGGUAAAGGCGCGGAUUGUCCAGGCCCCUCCUCACAAGUAUUAGUCUGCAGUUUGUCUCCAUGUGCUGUGGAUGGAAAAUGGGCAGCCUGGGGAUCAUGGUCCUCCUGUACAAAAUCUUGUUCCGGUGGUAAGGAGGUGCGAUCCAGGACUUGCACCAACCCGGCGACUAACUAUGGCGGCAAGGACUGUGUCGGAGAACCGUCAGAGGAAAGGUCCUGUAACACCCAUGGAUGCUCAGUUUGCAGUCAAGGAGAAUAUUUGUGUGAUGACGGCACAUGUAGGAUGGGGUCCCGCUGCAAUGGAAUCAAUGACUGUGACGACGGUAGCGAUGAGGGUUCGUGCUCGGCCUCAGUAUUGCGAAUGUCUCAAGGAUACGUCAACAACGACCUAACCCGGCCUGGUAAUUCCGAGGAGGAGGAAAGUGCGGCUGUAUAUAAUCGUGGUUCCCUUGUUUUGAUUGCUGCUCUUCUGUCUGCUGUCCUCGCUCUCCACGUGUGGUAAACUGCUAAAAACAAGACCUGAAAAGUGUAUUGAAUGUUCUUUCAAAGUGCUCAUUAUUUCAUGAAAUUUCAAUUAUCAAAACCCAAGUUUAACCUCCUACAUGGUUUUUAUUUCCGGUUUCAUUGAGAAGAGAUGUUUUUCUUUUUGAGGCUAUUUGUUGCUGAAAACAAGGUAUAGACGGUGUUAAUAACUGCUGGGUUGUGUAAUUUAUUUAUUUUUUAUUUAGGGGGUGUAUAUCUAAUAGUUACUGUUUGUAGACCAUAAAAUUUUAUUUGCUGUGAAUAUAUGUAUGGUUGUUACUAAUGAAAUCAGAUAUAAUUUCGGAUUUCAUUUUUGAUUUUUGAUCGUUGUCAUCGAGGAUCACACCAUAUGCCAUCAUUUUUAUGUCAUUGAUUGCUGUUGUGAAAUUGUGAAAUUUUUCGAUGAUGAGGGGAGGGGGAGGGGGUAUUAGUUAUUAAUGUGUCUGAUCUUUGCUGUCAAACUUGUAACUUUGAGCUGUAUGUGUGGCAAAUAAAGAUCAAAAUCGGGUAUCAAAGUCAAGGUUAAUUUUACCAAAAUUGAAUUCGGUAAUGUAUGAGGGAAAUAUCAAUAUUUUUGCUCUUUAUCAAUUUCAUUAUUUUCCACGAUUUUCCUUUAACGUUUUGAUAACUUACAUGAUGUUUACACGUUAUAUGCAGUACAAUGUUGUACAAUUGUUUUCAGAUGUCGCUGGUAAGCGUAACUUAUUUGUACAUGUGUUUCUUCAUUUGGAAUGCUAUUCAAAGAGUACUUCAUAUCAUUUCAACAUUAUUUUUAACAUUGGUUGAAACGACGGGAACGUGAGGGGGAAAACUCAGUAUUAACUAUGGUUAACGGUACAAGAAAUACUGUAAACAGGAUCUGAAUACGCGGCGUAUAAAGCAGGACGAAGGAUGGAGCAUCAACCAUCCUUGAGGCCAAUACACUCGUUUUUCAUUUACUCAAAACUUGAAUUUGAUAUUCAUUCAUAAGAUUCACACGUAAUGUGGUACAUUAUAAUAAAUGUCUUU